CUUGCCAUCAGCGCCAGCGGGGAGAAGAUCCGGUUUUGUAGAAUGGAUCCAUAUUACUACCUGGUGGGCCUAGUGCUGUUGGCCGGUCACACGAGUCGAGGAGAGUAUCUGGGGGGAUCCAUGAGAUAUUCUCUGUAUGAGGACAACGCUGUCAUGAUGGUGAAUGUAACCAUACUGACUGGAUGGAAACUUGGAACUGGGCCAUGCGGAAACGUAUGCAAGAUAGGACAGUCCACCAGUUCAAGUCUCGGGGAGGAUACUUUCGGCCGGUGGGUUACAGAGGAAGUAGGAACAGACUCGUUACACAAUAGGGAUAUCACCCAUAUGGUCGACAACACCUUACACCAAACUGUCAUCGACAUCAACACACGGGAAAACUGGGAACUGGAACUAGGGACGUUUUCUUUACCCUUACAUGGACAUUCAAUGAAUAUAAUAUAUUUCAAAAACAAUAUGGCUAUGCUAACCGUUCAAACUGGAGUUACUAAGUCAUACAUGCAGAUGAAAAUCAACAUGCCAGGAAAUCGGUCAGAUACUGGGAUUCCGAACAGAAGUCCGAUUACAGAUAGUCGUCCAUUUAUGAGACUAGCCCUGGGACGCCACUAUCACCUACGAAUACCCACAGUCGACCCUGAUCAGGACUUCGUGUCGUGCAGACUGCCACGUUACGUGGAGUUCCUGGACCUGUUCAGAUCACCUGCUCCAAACGUCACAGUUAAUGGGAACUGUACAAUUGACGUCUACACGGACCCCUCUGUCUAUAGUAUUGGGGACACAACACUUGUCGGUGUAGUAGUGGAGGACUUUCCUAGAACACAAAUACAUAUCCGAAACACAUCUUCCUACCUGAAUGGUUAUUCCCAGAGUCUAAGUCAGACACCUGUUCAGUUUUACUUUGAGGUCACUGACGGAGAUGACGGUCCUGUGUUCAUUCAUCCACCGACACCCCCGAACGGCCAGGUGUUUACCUUAUAUAACGGAACAAAAUUUACCAUAGAGGUGUUUGCUAAACCAAGUGCCGAAAACAGAACAAUUACAAAUUUUCGCUUCGUAAGUGAUGGUAUGGCGAAAUACUUGAUGCGUUCACAGAUUCAUGAUCGUCAUGACAUUGGCCCGUUAGUCAGAAGUCAGCACGUGGUCUGGAUACCGAGCACCGACAUGUCGGGCUUCUACAGCCUGUGUAUAAUUGCCGAGGACAGCGAAGGUUUCUAUUCCGUGCCCAACUAUUGUUUUACUAUAGAAGUGAAAGAUUAUCCCAAUGCAAAAGGAGAUCUAACACUUCGACCGGGCACCCCACAAUAUGUAAAUUUUCCACAGCCGGACGAACUGAAUUUCCCAGUGAAUUCCGUAGGUUUGUUUCCUAUUUAUGCUGGCUAUACUGCCAAUGAUGGCAGUUUACUUAUCCGGCUGACAAACAAAAGCUCCCAGGGUAUGAUGAUGACAUCAAUCGACAACACGUCUACACUGUCAACAUUUACAGUACAAACCCACAGUUCCCUAAACGGCAAACGAGAUGUGUGUUUCCAAAUAGGGAAUGACUCAUCGCUUCUUGAACGUUGCACAAAUGUCCAUUUCCUUGCAGCUGAUCCAUGUGAACGGAUGCCUUGUAGAAACCGUGGAUUAUGUGUCCGUAGUAACACAGGAGAUGCAUUUACAUGUCAUUGUGUCGGCGGAUACACGGGUGUUGCGUGUGAAAUAGCCCCGGAUCCGUGUGCAUCACAGCCAUGUAAAAACGGCGGGACAUGCUUCUUACUGUACCGAUUCCAAUACAGGUGUGCUUGUCCGUUAGGUAAAACAGGCUGGAAUUGUGACAAUGAAAUCAACUAUUGUCAGAGCGACUCCUGCGACUUUGGAGUUUGUGAGGACAGGCCGGGGAACUUUACCUGUCAUUGUGCUGAAGGUUUCACUGGGACAAGAUGCACUGGAUCCGACAAUACAACAGCUCUCUGCCCUAGUAUACGGCAGAACAUCACAGAUUGUAAAAAGCAAUGCAAUUGGUGUAGUGAACCUCACGGGAUCUGUAGGCCGGGGACAAAAGCCGACCAGUAUGAUGUGUGCACGUGUUCAUUAGGGUAUGACCACCCCGGAACACACUGUCAACAAGUAAAUGGAGACUUCAUCACUGCUAGAGAAAAUGGGCCAAAGUUUGUUCCACCUACUCCUGGACCACUGAGUACCAUCAGUUGUGAACUAUAUGAACGUUCACUGGAGAAAUGCUCCUUUCCUGUUUAUGCCACGAGGUCUACAAAAAGCAGAACUGCUCCUGUUGUCGAAAGUCUCUGGUCGAUAAAUGAACUGAAAGUAAGAGUAUCAUCCGCAUCUCUCACUGGUAUCACGGACGUCUUUAUGUAUGUAAUCACUGCUCAACAAUCCAAGAAAAACCACAACAGCAGGGAGAAAUACAAUGUUUGUCUGAAAGCCUCUUCAGGUGGCGACACUUCAGACAGGAUGUGUACCUCUGUUUAUUUUACAUAUAAAGGCUUACCAGUUAACGCUUACGACCAAUAUCGGAGGUUUAUGGAACCGACAUUGCCUCACGACUCAACAUUUACCUGUAAAGUUGGAAAGGCUUGUCACAUGUAUCUGUAUACAGAGAAGGACUUAGACAACUGUGAAAGGAUCGUAUCUGGAAAGGACGCCGAUGUGGAAAUAUUUUCACCAGAACUACUGAACGGUUCGUGUGUAACAGAUGUCGCAUUUAGACAAGUUUCCGUCAAACAUCAACGACUGUGUUUCCGAGCGGGUCUUGGUGGAGAAUCGAGAUGCUUUGGAGUAAUGGUUGAUUCCAGUGAAGACAUUUGUACGGACGACAGUUGUUCGAAUGCAGGAGUAUGCGUUCCACAAGCAAGUUCUUAUUACUGUGUAUGUCCACCAAAUUUCUCGGGCGCAUCCUGUCAAUCAUAUGAAGGUCCUUGCCUGCAUAACCUAUGUCAGAACCAUGGUGUGUGUUACGAAAACGACAGCUCCAUACAAUGUUUAUGCCAGAUAGGAUAUUCCGGGGACAAAUGUCAAAACAGUGAAAUUCUGAACAUUCAUGAUUCUGUGACAAAGGCGGCAAUAUUCUAUCCGGAAGCGUUGCCGACAAACGUAACGUGCUUUGUGAAUAGCCGGUGUUUCAUUAAUGUCUUCAUUACGUCCAUAGGUUCUUCAAAAUUCAGUGUCUCGCCUGGUUACACAGAUAUCAUCUACGAGGAAAUGAGUACGUAUCAUCUGCAGAAAACGGUACCAGGACAUCCAGACGAAUUAUAUACUGGGGUGUUAAUGCUACUAGCUACUCAAAAAGGUCAUGGUCGGUCCUGUAUACAAAUAUUGGAUGAAAUCAGUGGAUCCAUUGAUGAAAGGUGCUUCACUAUUGAUAUACAGACUGGAUAUACGGCAUCGGUUAACAAGAUUUUUCCAUAUUUUGAAAAACCCAGUUCGGAAAAUAAUACCAUUUUCGAAUGCAUCCGUGGUUCUGAGUGUCACAUAAUGAUCUGGGUACACAAGGCUGAUGGAGAAAUGGAAUGUCCAAAGGUAGAGGUGAACAACGGAGCUGUUGACACGAUAGGUACCAUAGUAAUUCAGAAUACUACAAACGCAUGUGUAAUGGACGUGACUCUGCAAACACGUAAUUUGAAUGAAGAAACUGAUCUUUGCGUGACACUUAGGCCAAACGGCGUUGAACCCGAAAUUUAUGAAAGAGGGUAUUACGAUAAAAGAUGUUACAGUGUAUUAUUGAGAGAUGUUCAUUCCAUAACAACUCCGUGUGCCAACUUCACCUGCCAUAACGGUGGAUACUGUGACUCGACAAAAGGCGUUCCUGACUGUCUGUGUCGUCAAGGUUCAUCAGGAGAACACUGUCAGCUACUUCACCCAGGAAUGCACAUAAAUACCGCUGACAGACGUGUGAGUUUUGCAGAUGAUGCGUUUCCUAGUAACAUAGUAUGUCAGUUAGGUGAACAAUGUUCGUUUAUCCUCAAUCUUUGGAGUCCUGGCAAGGAAAGCCCGACUGUAUGGUUUGACCACGUGGACAGCUCAAUCAUUCCGGAACAGCCCACCCGACAAUCUACUACUGAGCUAUCUCCUGGGUUUUACUCCCUGGUCAUCAAAGUGAACGGAACACAAGUCGGUACAUUUGAAACUAUUCUUCAGACAUCGGAUGACACCGGGAUAGUUUCUGACGAACUUUGGUAUAGGUAUGAUAUCAGAAAAGAAUCAACAGUAACUAUUGAUGUAAAUCAGCCCCAUCUUAUAAAGCCGUCCUUUCCAGCGGAGUCGACUAUCAAAUGCUCAAAUGAACGACUGUGCCAUAUAAUUUUACUAUCGCAAUCUGCAGCUUUUGAACAAUGCCCACGAGUGGAGUUCGUGAGCGAGCCCCAGGACAGUGUACAUAUAUUCCAGUACAGGAACGGCACGACGUACGAACAUGGCAGCUGUAUGGCUGACGUAGCUCUCUUGGCGUCUAACAAACAACUAGCUUCUGAGCACUUCUGUUUCCGUCUUUCAUUACCCACUGUUCCUGGUGAGACGAGGUGCUACAGGGUUCAGUACGGCUCAGCCCCUUGAUGAAAUGAAGAAGCGCAAUUGGACUAUAAACAUGAUACUAAUCACAGACAAUUUGAAUUAAAUAUGAGAUAGCCACACGAGGCAGUAAAUAUGAGAUAGCCACACGAGGCAGUCAAACAGGAAAUUUGUGCUGGAAAUGUGAUUACAGAAUGGUACAAUAAACAAGAGGCCAAUGGUCUCUCUAAAGCCUACGGAUGCUCAAAUAUUUCUAAUGAAGAAACCAAUAUUUCUCGAGUUCAUCUAAUAAUAUGAGUUGAUACAAAAGGCUGAAUACUUAAAUUGACGUUUUUAACGUUCUUGUCAACAUUGAUCAAUAUUGUAUAUAUUACAUUUAAAAGUUGAAACUAUACAAUAGAGUUUAAUGCUACUUAAAGAUUAGUUUAAUUCCA